ACAGUCCAAGAGUCGGUGACCAUUAAAUGGGUCGCCGGUACGAUAUCGUCCCCAUUGCAGAGACUUUAGUCCCUCACAUUUCGGCUGCAAACUGUAGCGUUAUCUGAUUUUCCGGUGAACGGAUGGCUAACGACUUCUCCAGCUCCGUGGCGUACGGCCUGAAGCUGUCGAAGCGAAUUUACUACGGCAAGGAUGCGGCGCUGGCACCGCCGAAACCGGAGGCGAUGGAGGCGCCGGCGUGUUAUCUUCCGACGGCGCCGAUGGUGUACGCGGUGGUAUCGGACCCGUCGAUCGUCGAUAAUCCGGACGUUCCGAGCUACCAGCCGUAUGUCCACGGCCGGUGCGACCCGCCGGCGCUGGUUCCGCUUCACAUGCACGCGAUUGCGAUGGAGGUGGAUUGUUUCUUGGAUACUGCGUUCGUUACAGUCAGUGGAACUUGGCGUCUUCAUUGUAUUAUGGCUGGUAAAAGCUGCGAUUGUCGCGUAGCGAUUCCCAUGGGCGAGCAGGGUUCAGUUCUAGGUCUUGAGAUUGAUGUUGGUAGAAGAUCAUAUCAUACUCAAUUAAUCACAUUGGAAGAUGCAAGAGACUCAGAAAAGGUAGUGAAAGCCAAAGAUGGGCUCUUACUGAGACGCCAGAUAUAUACGCUAAAAGUUGCGCAGGUUGAAGGCGGAACAAAUCUUUUUAUCAAAGUCAAUUGGUCUCAGAAGCUAUUGUAUCAGGAAGGUCAAUUCUGUCUGAGUCUUCCAUUUAGUUUUCCAGCAUAUGUCAAACCUAUAGGUAGGAAGAUCAGUAAAAGAGAGAAGAUAGUGCUGAAUGUGAAUCCUGGAAUUGGGACUGAUGUUUUAUACAGAGCCAGUAGCCAUCGUCUAAAGGAAGUAAGACACCAGUUUGGGAAAUUAGGUGCCAUUUAUGAAGCAGAAGUUUCAAAAUGGUCCAAUGCUGACUUCUAUUUCUCAUAUGAUGUCUCUUCAAGGGAUAUAUUUGGUGGUUUGCUAUUACAAUCUCCAUCACUUCAUGAUGUUGAUCAGAGAGAGAUGUUUUGCCUUUAUCUUUUCCCCAGCAAUAGCCUGAAUAGAAAGGUUUUCAGAAAGGAAGUGGUAUUUGUUGUUGAUGCUAGUGGAAGCAUGCGGGAUUCCCCUCUCGAGAAUGCAAGAAGCGCUCUAUUGGCAGCCCUCUCAAAGCUCAAUCCUGUAGAUUCUUUUAAUAUUAUAACUUUCAACGAGGGCACUAGGUUAUUCUCAUCAUCAAUGGAGCUGGCAACCAAGGAGGCAACAGAAAAUGCCACUCACUGGAUUGGCAGAAAUUUUAUUGCUGAGGGUGGCACAAACAUUAUGCUUCCCCUAGAUCAGGCACUAGAGAUGUUGACCAAAACUUGCGAUGCUAUUCCUCUCAUUUUUCUUAUUACUGAUGGGGCUGUUGAAGAUGAAAGACACAUUUGUGAUGUUGUGAAAAGUCGCAUUGCAUGUAGAAGACCAAUUUGUCCUCGAAUUUACACUUUUGGCAUAGGUUCAUAUUGUAAUCAUUACUUCUUGCAAAUGCUAGCACAAAUUGGGAAAGGCUACUAUGAUGCUGCAUUUGAUGCAGAUUUAAUUGGCUCUCAGAUGCAAAGCCUAUUUGAAACUGCUUCGUCCAUCACUUUUGCAAAUAUCAAUGUUGACACUUUGGAAGACCUGGAUUCACUUGAGUUAUACCCAAAUCAUAUUCCGGACCUUUCCUCUGCAAGUCCAUUGAUUGUGUCAGGCAGAUACUGUGGGAAGUUUCCUGACCAUUUGAAAGCAAGUGGACUGUUACCAGAUAUGAGCGAUUUCAGUUUGGAUUUGAAAGUGCAACAACCAAAGGGGAUUCCUCUGGACAGAGUGAUUGCAAGGAGGCAAAUUGAUAUUCUCACAUCUCAUGCAUGGUUUUCUCAAGAUAAACAACUAGAAGAGAAGGUAGCAAAAAUCAGUAUCCAGUCAGGGGUUCCAUCUGAAUAUUCCCACAUGAUCUUAGUUCAGACUGACAAAGUAAAACAAGAUUCAGAUUCAGUUUCAACAGAAGAGAAGUUGGCUGACAAGAAUGACCAGAAGAUCAUUUUCCUGCGAAACGUAGGCCUUGGCUUUGGCAACUUGGUUGCAACUGCCGAGAAUCUUCCUCCGUUUCAAGAGGAAAAAUUACACGAAUCCUCGGAGAUCAUCGCGAAGGCUGCAGCCCGAUGUUGCGGUAGGUUGCUCGAUCGCUGCUGCUGUAUGUGCUUCCUUCAGACCUGCUCGCGGCUGAGCGACAGAUGUGCCGUAACUUUCACACAGCUCUGCACUGCUCUUGCCUGUUUAGAAUGCUUCAACUGUUGUUUUGAGCUCUGCUGCAAUUGUGACCUGUGCUAAAAGAGAGGGCCAUGCCCGGAUUGUAAAUGCCAUAUAUUGGCAGCAUUCGGCUGUUCCACUGCACAGCUGUUUCAUUGUAUAUUGUAGUGUGAAUUUUAUUUGCCUGGUACUGGUGGUUGCAGUAGAAAAUUGUGAUUCA